UCACUUUAUAAAUACCCACCUCUUAGAACAAGCAGGCUUCCAUUUUCUGCAUCUCUCCUGUUCAGAUUUGUUAAAAAGAAGAGAGAAACUCCAAAGGCAGAAACCUUUGUUUCUGUCCUUAAUUAUCAUUCUACAACGAUUUGUUUCCACACCAAGCUAAAAGUGAAACCAUGGCAUUUCCUAACGAAUCAAGAGAGGAUUCUUCCAGAGAGAAAAAAAAUGGCAGGGGAAAGAUCGAGAUCAAGCGGAUCGAAAACACCACUAACCGCCAAGUCACUUUCUGCAAGAGGCGCAACGGUUUGCUGAAAAAAGCCUACGAAUUAUCUGUUCUCUGUGAUGCCGAGGUAUCUCUUAUCGUCUUCUCAAGCCGUGGUCGCCUUUAUGAAUAUUCUAACAACAGUGUGAAAACAACAAUCGAGAGGUACAAGAAGGCAUGUGCAGAUUCCUCCAAUGCUGGAUCUGUCUCUGAAGCUAAUGCUCAGUUCUACCAGCAAGAAUCUAACAAACUGAGGCAGCAAAUUGGGAAUCUUCAGAACUCAAAUAGGCACAUGAUGGGAGAGUCCCUCGGUUCCUUAAGUGUCAAGGAACUCAAGAAUUUGGAGAGCCGUUUGGAGAAAGGAAUCAGCCGAAUCCGAUCCAAAAAGAAUGAACUGUUGUUUGCAGAAAUCGAAUACAUGCAGAAGAGGGAAAUUGACUUGCACAACAAUAACCAGCUUCUUCGAGCAAAGAUUGCUGAGAAUGAGAGGGGCCAGCAGAACAUGAAUUUGAUGCCUGGAGAGAGCAGCUAUGAGAUCACACAGUCUCAGCCAUUUGACUCUCGCAACUUUUUCCAAGUCAAUGCUUUACAGCCCACUAAUCACUAUGCACGGCAGGACCCGAUGGCCCUUCAGUUAGUCUAAUAUGCAUAAUUGAAGAACUAGUGUUUCAUCCGAGAUGAAAGAUGAAGGUAUGCAGAAAAGCAGAAUUCAUUUAGCAGGGGCCUGAAGUAGUAGGUUUGUAUACUAUGUUAUCAGAUAAUUAAGGGUUUUAUUUCUGUAUGCAUAAGGCAAACCCCUAUUAAGUGUCUGUCACAGACUGAUAUACGACUGAUUAACUAGCACCAUACUCUCUUCCUGUAUAAUUUAGUACUUAAAACUCAGUGCCAUGCAAACUUUGUUGAUGUGUUUCA